AUGUAUCAAAAAAGUUCAAAGUUCGUCACAACGAUAAUUUUUAUCAUUCUAAUAAAUAUAAACGCAAUCCUCACACAGGUUGAAGUUACACAACCAAAAGAACUAACAACAGUCAGUAGCAUUGACACACCCGCUGAAAACAGAGAAAGUAGUCACCAAAAUUAUAGUUCAGAAUCUAUAGAAUCAAAAGAAUCUAAUAUAAAAAUUGGUGAAUUAAAACCGCCAAAACCCCUUGAGAGUGCUUCAAGAGCUCUCGUUGCAACAAAGCUUAGUAAUGGCACAACUAAUGGUAUAAAUAAUAAACCAUUGCAGAAAAGUACUUCAUUACCCUUCAAGUAUCCAAUAAAGGCCAGCAGAAAUGAAAAUGAUGCCAAAUUGAGAGCUCAUGUUAGGUAUGAUGAAGUCACGGGAGAAUUAAUAGACGGUGACCAUCCUUGUCAUAGAGAAUGUAGAGAAGGUGAAGAGCCGAUGAUCUGUUAUUAUCAUUUUGUGCUUGAGUGGUAUCAAACUAUGAGCAAAGCUUGCUAUGACUGUCCAUUCAAUAUCUCGGACUGUUAUAGACCCGACUGUAUUCCAGCGGAUGGGAUGAACCGCCCGUUGAAUGUAAUUAAUAGAAAAAUGCCUGGGCCAGCUAUAGAGGUCUGCCAACAUGAUCGAAUAAUUGUAGAUGUAGAAAACGAUUUGAUGACUGAGGGUACCACGGUGCAUUGGCAUGGACAACAUCAGAGAGGCACUCCAUACAUGGACGGCACGCCGUAUGUUACGCAGUGUCCAAUUUUACCUGAGACAACAUUCAGAUACCAGUUCAAUGCGACUCAUUCUGGCACUCACUUCUGGCACUCUCAUUCUGGAAUGCAACGCGCGGAUGGAGCAGCUGGUGCUUUGAUAAUAAGAAAACCAAAAUCUCAGGAUCAUCACGGCAGCUUAUAUGAUUAUGACAGAUCAGAACACGUAAUGAUAGUGACAGACUGGAUUCACGACAUGGCAAUGGGAAUGUUCACCGAUCAUCACCACUCAAAGGGUGAUAAUAAGCCUCCGACGCUGCUCGUCAACGGCGUGGGCCGGUUCAAAGUCUUCAAUAAUGAUACCACGAAACCACUUUAUAUGAGGGCAGCUAGAUUUAAUGUGGAGCAGGGUUUCAAGUAUCGAUUUCGGUUGAUCAACGCUGAGUUCCUGAACUGUCCCAUUGAGCUUUCAGUGGACGGUCAUAAUAUCACUGUGAUUGCUUCGGACGGUUACGACCUGCAGCCUAUUACUACUACUUCGUUGGUGACAUAUGCUGGUGAGCGGUACGACUUCGUUUUGGAGGCGAAUAAUGAAAUUGACAACUACUGGAUUAGGUACCGUGGACUUAUGGAUUGCGAUGAAGUGUUCACUAAAGCAAAACAAGUGGGUAUAUUGCAUUAUGAGGGUGCAAUGGAUUUGGAGCCUCCUGGAGAUCCGACGUGGCAUGAAUUACACAACGAAGGAUUGCAAUUGAACGCGCUCAAUAAAGGAGAAGAAGAGGAUGAAACUAUAAGUGUGGCUGAGAUGAGGUCCAUAGAAGGUUACGAUGACAGCUUGAAAGAGGUGGCUGAUUACCAGUUCUAUGUUGCUUACGACUUUUAUGCUAAGAAUAAUUCUCACUUCCAUAGGGCACCCUACUACGGAUAUAACCAAGUUCCUGUUAAACAAAACCGUCUCUAUACUCCUCAAUUGAACCACAUCAGUAUGAAGCUUCCAUCGAGUCCUCUUCUUACUGCAAGACCCACUUCAGACCACUUCUGUAAUUCGUCAAGUAUCGAUAAAUCCUGUGAAGAUGAUUACUGCGAAUGUUCUCACGUGCUUUCCGUUAAACUCAAUUCUGUUGUCGAAAUAGUUAUCGUCGAUGAAGGAGUAACAUUUGACGCUAACCAUCCUUUCCACCUUCAUGGCCAUAGUUUUAGGGUAGUCGGACUUCGGAGACUUGCUAAACAUAUUACAGUUGAUGAGAUAAAAGCCUAUGAUGAAGCUGGUCUUCUGAAAAGAAAUUUGAAAAAUGCUCCUAUCAAAGAUACAGUCACCGUCCCAGAUGGAGGUUAUACUGUUAUUAGAUUCAAAGCAGACAAUCCUGGCUAUUGGCUUUUCCAUUGCCAUAUAGAAUUUCACGUUGAAAUUGGAAUGGCAUUAGUAAUCAAGGUCGGAGAUCAUAAAGAGAUGACCCCAGUGCCAAGGGAUUUCCCUUCGUGUGGCAGUUAUUUGCCAGAUAAUAUGUUAGAGCAAGCGACAACAGCGAAGCCACACCAAGCAGGUGACGUAAACGAUUAUCUAUCCAUAUCUCAUUGGUGGCCUGUCGUUGUUAUUAAUACUAAUUCUACUUCAUCAAGUACUACUUCCGCUACUUCCAGUGUUGCAGUGUUACUCUGUUUAUGGUUAUUUGUUAAAAAUACUUUGUCGUAG